UGCGGUUGAUCCCCAUGCACCCGUGUCCGCUCGCUCGUCGGAACGAGGGAGGGGACAGCGGCAUGAGGGAUGGGAGGAGCGGGCGAGCACGAGCAGGAGAGCAGGAGACCGCCCUGACCGAUCUGCGGGCGAAUCGGAGGCGCUAUGCGAGACAGGGCGGAUGGCCAUUGGCGGCGGUCUGGGUCCCCGCACCACGAGCUGCGCCGACGCCCGGCUGCAGUGGCAGGAGGAGAGUUUACGGCGGUGGAGGUGGUGGAGGUGGUGGAGGUGGGGAGGGAAACCAAACCCCCAGCGCCGUGCUGAGCCGUCUCGAAUAUUCUCGCGGUGGGCGUGGCCCAUCCAAGUGA